UCAUAUGAUUCACAAAGAAUUUGUUUAGUGUUUCGCUUCGACAAUAUUUUAUUCUUCAAACAAAUCACUCCAAUUUAUCUUGUCUGUGAGUGCUUAGUGACGGGCUUUUUGUCAAGCCAUUGUGCAAAAUAAUCCAAUCAAAGUGAAUUCGGUACAAAAGUGCUUUCCAAUGUUAUUGUAGUAUAAGUGAUGGGUAAUCAUAGUAGUCAUGAAAAGACUGGUACAGAUGGUAGUGGAAGUGGGACCAGUACUCCACGAGGUUCAACCCGUGGCACAAGAUCUGGGUCUAGCGGGGAGCUACAAGGUCAACAAGAAAAAACGGAAAGCCAGCCGUUGUCACUGGUCCCUAUAGAAAAACUCGGCAAGUUACUGGUACAACGAUCCCAAAAAGAAGAUGGCAUCAAUGGAGUCACAGAAAAUUCAUUCACAAAGUACCUCUUCCCGCGAUACCCGGAGCUGGCGCGGCAGUUCUACCGCUACAUCCACAAGCUGGGCAAGUGUAAAAAUAAGCACAUACCGCUGUCCGCGUUCAGGCAACAGUGCGAGAGGAUACUCGCUAUGCUGGACGAUAGCGUCAUAAUCGAGACAUAUGUUAGAAUGUUCUGCACCGACACAGAGGAGGCCACGGUGACACCAGAUGACUUGCGCAGUCUCUUAUAUGUUAGUUAUAAGUUAUCAAUGGACUACUAUCCUGAAGGUCCGCAGACUUGUCUUCAGAUAAAUAAAACAUUAACAGCAGUGGUCAAAGGCUGCUUCAACAACAAGGACUCUCACAGCGUGGGCUUUGUGGUGCGCUGGCUGGAGGAGCAUUGUCACCGGCUUAUAUUCCCUGUGCACAGGUACUGCGUCCACCUGCUGGCGACGCGCCACCGCGAGCUGGAGACGCAGCUGGAGGCGAGCCCGGCGGAGAGCGGCACCGGCAUCGAGCUGGCGACGCCCGUGCUGGAGCGCGCCGGGCCCAGCGCCGCGCUGCUGCCCACCUCCGCCGCCUGGCUCGUCGCCGCCGCGCUGCCGCAGGUGUACACGCGGCCGCUGCGGCCGCCGGCGGCGACGUGCGCGAGCGCGGCGUGGCUGUCGCGCCUCGUGUGCGCGCUGCCCUCGCACUGGGCGCCGCUCUACUCGUCCGGCGAGCACGGGCUCGGCGCCAACCGCUUCCUGCACCACACGCUCGCCUACCGAGGACCGACGCUAGUGGUGGUGUCGGGCGGCGGCGCGGGCGAGGACGAGGUGCGCGUGGUGGUGGCGUCGCCGCAGGAGUGGCGUGAGACGCACCAGUACUGGGGCAGCGCCGACUGCGCGCUGCUGCAGAUCUACCCCAAGUAUGAAAUACAUAUAAAUGUUGGUGGUUGCGGUGUGCAGGUGUGGGGCUGCGGCGACCAGGCGCUCCGGGAGACUCAACUCGACAUUAAGAAGUGGCAGGUGAAGGAGGCCGAGCGCCAAAGGAAUGUAAAGAUCUCAGCUGCGGACUGGAUAGAGCACCCCGACAGAUACUUGCUAGAGCUGGCGGGUCGGCCUCAGUACAAUAACUCUGCGUCAUAAACUCCCUUAAAUAUUACUAUUACUACUACUUAGGACUUGAAAAAUAAUCUUCGCAUGACUAGAUUUUGCAUAUAAAUCGAUUUCACACACAUUUGACAUUUCCUACAGCGCCCAGCGCCAUCUGUACUCAAACUUGAGGAGUAUUUAUACUUUCUUUUUGUAGCGCCGUCUUGUGACAAUGAGUUAUAUGAGUUUGUCUCUUAAAAUAUCUUAUAAUCGAUUAUAUGAACUUUUUAAAAUGAUAUGUUUGAAAACAAUAUACAAGAUCGUAUCAAAUAUAAUAUAACUUUUAUAAACUUUUUGUCUUCAUCACGGAUCUUGGAAAACUGUUUUUAUUACAUUUUUCGCACAAGACCAAUGUUCAAAGAGAACCUAAUAUAAACACACUCCAGUGACACAUUCUUAUAGAAAAUCGUAUUUUUUUAUACUGCUAUUGAAAAAUCGAAAUAAAAACAGUGAUGUUAUGGUGAAUUCGCAGUCAAGCGUGAUAUUUUUGUAAGAAUUGCAAAACAAAUCAAUAUAUUCACACAUGUGUGAAUAGUUAUGGAGCAGAAAUU